GCCAUUCCACGUAGAGCCUUCAAAUAUUGUCAGUGUGAAUGAUGACACACAAAGAGUUACAGAUGAAGCCUCAGCAAUGAAUAAGCGGAUUCAUUACUAUAGCAAGCUCACUUCUCCUUCAGAUAGGGCACUGAUUGCUCCUGAUCAUGUACUUCCAGCUCCAGAAGAAAUUUAUGUGUAUAGUCCAUUAGGAACUGCUUUCAAAAUCGAUGGUUGCACUGAUGGUUAUGGCAAAAACUCCAGCAUAGUGACAAUAUUUAUGAUCUGGAAUACAAUGAUGGGCACAUCUAUACUAAGUAUGCCAUGGGGAAUAAAACAGGCAGGAUUUACCACUGGAAUCUGUUUGAUCUUGCUAAUGGGCAGCUUGACACUUUAUUGCUGUUACAGAGUUGUGAAAUCACGGACAAUGAUACCUUUAAUAGAUACCUCAAACUGGGAAUUCCCAGAUGUUUGCAAGUACUAUUUUGGAUCCUUUGGUCAAUGGUCCAGUCUUUUAUUUUCAAUGGUGUCUCUUGUUGGAGCCAUGGUUAUUUACUGGGUACUUAUGUCCAACUUCUUGUUCAACACAGGAAAAUUUAUAUACAAUUAUGUUCAUGACAUUAACAUAACAGAUCUUGUUCCUGGUACUAAUGGGAGUACUAGAGUCAUCUGUCCAGGUACUGCCAAUGAGGAUCAACCGGGCAACAAAAGUGGGCUGUUUCCUUUUGUCGACAACAACAACAACAACACAGGUUUUGAGCUGUUUGAGGAGUGGUGGAGCAAAUCACGAACUGUACCAUUUUAUCUGAUUGUUGUUGUUCUGCCCCUUCUAAAUCUUAAGUCUCCCUCUUUCUUUGCCAAGUUUAACAUCCUAGGUACCAUUUCAGUUGUCUACUUAGUUUUUCUUGUUACUCUGAAGGCUGCACAUCUGGGAUUCCAUUUAGAAUUCAACUGGUUUACAGCUAAUGAAUUUUUUGUACCAGAGUUUAGAAUUCAGUUUCCUCAGCUCACAGGGGUCCUGACGCUUGCUUUCUUCAUUCAUAACUGUGUUAUCACUCUCCUUAAGAAUAACAAGAACCAGGAAAACAAUGUGAGAGACCUUUCCAUUGCUUAUCUCCUGGUGGGAUUAACAUAUCUCUAUGUUGGACUGUUAAUUUUUGCUGCAUUUCCCUCUCCACCGUUGUCCAAAGAGUGCAUUGAACAGAAUUUUUUAGACAAUUUUCCCAGCAAUGACAUCAUGUCAUUUGUUGCAAGAUUGUUCCUGCUGUUCCAGAUGAUAACUGUGUACCCGUUGCUUGGCUAUUUGGCACGAGUUCAGCUAUUAGGACAUGUCUUUGGCAAUGUUUAUCCAAGUAUUUUCCACGUGUUGGUUCUAAACGUAGCAAUUGUAGGACUUGGAGUGACAAUGGCCAUAUUCUAUCCAAAUAUAGGAGGUAUCAUAAGAUAUUCUGGAGCAACGUGUGGUCUGGCCUUUGUAUUUGUGUAUCCAUCCCUCAUCUACAUGAUCUCCUUGCGUCAGUCAGGGCAGCUGACGUGGUCAGUGCUCAUCGUUCACAUCUUUAUAAUCAUCCUAGGACUGGCUAAUCUGAUCGCACAGUUCUUGCUGUGA